AUGGUUCCUUCUUUUACAUUUUUUUUUACUACUUCUGUUUCCACUGAUUAUUCCGGGAACUCGUUGAUUAUUUUAGGUAAGGUUCACGGAUCUCUAGCUCGUGCCGGUAAGGUGAGAGGGCAAACGCCUAAAGUGGCGAAGCAAGACAAGAAGAAGAAGCCCCGUGGCCGCGCUUACAAGAAGAUGCAAUACAACCGCCGUUUCGUCACCGCUGUGGUCGGAUUUGGUAAAGAGAGGGGACCUAACUCUUCUGAGAAGUAA